GAAGCCGGGUUGGUGGAGGGAAGGUAGGCAGCCGGAUAGGUUGCGGAGGCUGCGGCAGCAUGGUGGGUCCGGAGAAGGAGCAGAGCUGGAUCCCCAAGAUCUUCAAGAAGAAGACGUGCACGACAUUCAUCGUUGACCCCACAGAUGCGGGAGGAGCCCUGUGCCAGUGCGGGCGUCCCCGGAGCACUCACCCAUCAGUGGCUGUGGAGGAUGCCUUUGGGGCAGCCGUGGUGACCGUGUGGGACAGUGACUUGCAUACCACGGAGAAGCCCACAGACGCCUAUGGGGACCUGGAUUUCCUGGGCGCCGGCCGCAAGGCCAGCAACUUCCUCCGGCUCUCUGACCGCACGGAUCCAGCUACUGUUUAUAAUCUGGUCACCCACACAUGGGGCUUCCGGGCCCCGAACCUGGUGGUGUCAGUGUUGGGGGGGUCAGGGGGCCCCAUCCUCCAGACCUGGCUGCAGGACCUGCUGCGACGCGGGCUGGUGCGGGCUGCCCAGAGCACAGGGGCCUGGAUUGUCACCGGGGGGCUGCACAGGGGCAUUGGCCGACAUGUUGGUGUGGCUGUGCGAGACCACCAGACGGCCAGCACUGGGGGCACCAAGGUGGUAGCCAUGGGCAUGGCCCCCUGGGGCGUGGUUUGGAAUAGAGACACCCUCACCAAUGCCAAGGGCUCGUUCCCUGCGAGGUACCCGUGGCGUGGUAACUCCGAGGACGGGGUCCAGUUUCCGCUCGACUACAACUACUCGGCCUUCUUCCUGGUGGACGACGGCACCCACGGCCGCCUGGGCGGGGAGAACCGCUUCCGCCUGCGCUUCGAGUCCUACGUGGCGCAGCAGAAGACGGGCGUGGGAGGGACUGGAAUUGACAUCCCUGUUCUCCUCCUCUUGAUCGAUGGUGAUGAGAAGAUGUUGAAGCAGAUAGAGAAUGCCACCCAGGCUCAGCUCCCCUGCCUCCUGGUGGCUGGGUCCGGGGGAGCUGCAGACUGCCUGGCAGAGAUCCUGGAAGACACUCUGGCUCCAGGGAGAGGGGGAAGCAGGCAAGGUGAAGCCCGGGAUCGGAUUAAGCGUUUCUUCCCCAAAGGGGACCCUGAGGUUCUGCAGGCCCAGGUGGAGAGGAUCAUGACCCGGAAGGAGCUGCUGACGGUCUAUUCAUCUGAGGAUGGCCCUGAGGAAUUUGAGACCAUUGUUUUGAAGGCCCUUGUCAAGGCUUGUGGGAGCUCGGAAGCUUCAGCUUACCUGGACGAGCUGCGUUUGGCUGUGGCGUGGAACCGCGUGGACAUUGCGCAGAGUGAACUCUUCCGGGGGGACAUUGAAUGGCGGUCCGUCCACCUGGAAGCCUCCCUCAUGGACGCCCUCCUGAAUGACCGGCCCGAGUUCGUGCGCUUGCUCAUCUCCCAUGGUCUCAGCGUGGGCCACUUCCUGACCCCGACGCGCCUGACCCAGCUUUACAGCGCAGCGCCCUCCAGCUCGCUCAUCCGCAGCCUUUUGGACCAGGUGUCCCAUGGCGCAGGCACCAAAAGUCCAGUCCUUAAAUCCUCUGCGGAGCCCCGACCCCCUGACGUGGGGCAGGUGCUGCGGAUGCUGCUGGGGGAGAUGUGCGCGCCGAGGUACAGCGCUGGGGGCGCCGAGGAUCCCCACCAGGGAGAAGGCUGCAGGGAGAGCGUGGGUCUGCUCUCGGACAGGGCCCCCUCUGAUCUCAUGCUGGACGCCAUCCUCGGGCAGGCCCCCUGGAGUGACUUGCUCCUCUGGGCGCUGCUACUGAACAGAGCUCAGAUGGCCUUGUACUUCUGGGAGAUGGGCUCUAAUGCUGUAGCCUCAGCUCUUGGGGCUUGUUUGCUACUCCGCGUGCUGGCACGCCUGGAGUCUGAGGCUGAGGAGGCAGCACGGAGGAAGGACCUGGCGGCCAAGUUUGAGGGUCUGGGUGUUGACCUUUUUGGUGAGUGCUACCGCAGCAGCGAGGAACGGGCCGCUCGCCUGCUAGUCCGUCGCUGCCCGCUCUGGGGGGAUGCCACCUGCCUCCAGCUUGCCAUGCAGGCUGAUGCCCGUGCCUUCUUUGCCCAGGAUGGGGUACAGUCUCUGCUGACCCAGAAGUGGUGGGGGGAGGUGGACAGCGCCACCCCCACCUGGGCCCUGCUCCUCGCCUUCUUUUGCCCUCCGCUCAUCUAUACGGACCUCAUCACCUUCAGGAAGUCAGAGGAGGAGUCCAUGCAGAAGGACCUGGCAUUUGGCACGGAUCGAGGCGUCAAUGGGGAAGGCCCUGUGGGGCUGGCAGAGUCCCCCGAGAAGACGGCCGUGCGGGUGCUGGGGCGGCCCCCACGCAGGGGCUGCUGCGGCGGGUGCCCCCCACGCCUGCGCCGCUGGCCCCAGUUCUGGGGGGCGCCGGUGACCGCCUUCAUGGGCAACGUGGUCAGCUACCUCCUCUUCCUGCUGGUGUUCGCCCGGGUGCUGCUCCUCGACUUCCGGCCCGAGGCGCCCGGUGCCCUGGAGCUGCUGCUCUACUUCUGGGUCUUCACCCUGCUCUGCGAGGAGUUCCGGCAGGGCCUGGGCGGCGGUUGGGGCAGCCUGACCACCCGGGGCGCCGGGCCCGGCCCCCAGCAGGCCCCGCUGCGCCGCCGGCUGAGCCUCUACCUCGCCGACACCUGGAACCAGUGCGACCUGGUGGCCCUCACCUGCUUCCUCCUGGGCGUGGGCUGCCGCAUAAGCAAAACCAGAUCAUCAGGAAUUCACCUCAAAUAUCUUCUGUUGCCGAGACUGGGCUGUGUCAUGCUGACCCCCGGACUGUAUGACCUGGGCCGCACUCUCCUCUGCCUCGACUUCAUGGUCUUCACGCUACGAUUGCUGCACAUCUUCACGGUCAACAAACAGCUGGGGCCCAAGAUCGUCAUCGUGAACAAGAUGAUGAAGGACGUGUUCUUCUUCCUCUUCUUCCUUGGUGUGUGGCUGGUUGCCUACGGCGUGGCCACGGAGGGGCUCCUUAGGCCCCGGGAUCGUGAUCUCCCGAAUAUCCUGCGCCGUGUCUUCUACCGGCCCUACCUGCAGAUCUUUGGGCAGAUCCCCCAGGAGGACAUGGACGUGGCCCUCAUGGAGCAAGUCAACUGCUCGUCAGAGCAGGGCUUCUGGGCUCGCCCGCCGGGGGCGCAGGCAGGCUCCUGUGUCUCGCUUUAUGCCAACUGGCUGGUGGUUCUCCUUCUCAUCAUUUUCCUGCUCGUGGCCAACAUCCUGCUGCUCAAUUUGCUCAUCGCCAUGUUCAGCCACACCUUCAGCAAAGUACAGGGAAACAGCGACCUCUAUUGGAAGGCUCAGCGCUACAGCCUCAUCCGGGAAUUUCACUCUCGGCCCGCGCUGGCUCCGCCCCUUAUCAUCAUCUCGCACGUGCGCCUCCUCAUCCGGCAACUACGCAGGCGCCGGUCCCGCUUGCCGCCCUCCCCGGUCUUCGAACAUUUUCGGGUCUACCUCUCGAAGGAAGCAGAGCGGAGGCUGCUGACAUGGGAGUCGGUGCAGAAGGAGAAUUUCCUUCUGGCGCGCGCGCGGGACAAGCGGGAGAGCGACUCCGAGUGUCUGAAGCGCAUGUCGCAAAAGGUGGACACAGCGUUGAAGCAGUUGAGACAGAUCCGCGAGUAUGAGCAGCGUCUGAAAGGACUGGAGCAGGAAGUCCAGCACUGUAGCCGUGUCCUGGGCUGGGUGGCCGACUCCCUGAGCCGCUCCGCGUUGCUGCCCCCAGGGGGGCCACCGCCUCCAGCCCUGUCUGGGCCUAAAGACUGAGCCCUGCUGGCAGACUUCAAGGAGUAGCCCCCACAGGGAGUUUCUGCUCCCAAAGUCCUACUGGUCCUUGACCCUUGCACCUCCUGGCCUUGUCUUCCACACGGGCCCCAUGCUCAUGGAGGACCACCUGGGCUGCUGUCAGGACCACCUCAGGGAGUGUCAUCCAUGCGAACCACUGCAGGCCCAGCUCCUCCUAGAACCAGUCCCGCUCGGGGAAGAUCAGCCUCUGGAGCCCAGGCAUUGCUCUUCUGAAGGCCCUGCCACAGCCUGCUGGGCGGGAGAGGGCUGCAGGGUCUUUGGGAUAUAGGGAUCACAGAUCCCAUUUGCAGCUCCCCACACUGGGGAAAUAAAGCCAUUUGAGAGGA